CAUCAUUUUUUUGCACACGUGGAGGAGCGCGUGGAUUUCCUACCAUGAUCUUGGCAAACGCCUUCUGCAUCGUCCUCUUCGUAGAUGAGGUGCUGCGCUCGCUGGCCGGGCCCCCCUCGCCGCCGGCGCUGUCCCCGCCGGGCUGGCGAGCUCCGGUGGACUGCGUGCGAGCCAACGAGCUGUGCGCGGGCGAGCCGGGCUGCAGCUCCCGCUACCGCACCCUGCGGCAGUGCCUGGCCGGGCGCGACAGGAACACCAUGCUGGCCAACCGCGAGUGCCAGCUGGCCCUGGAGGUGCUGCAGGAGAGCCCCCUGCAGCACUGCCGCUGCAAGAGGGGCAUGAAGAAGGAGCUGCAGUGCCUUCAGAUCUACUGGAGCAUCCACCUGGGGCUGGCUGAAGGAGAGGAAUUUUAUGAAGCCUCCCCGUACGAGCCGGUCACCUCUCGUCUCUCUGAUAUAUUCAGACUCGCUUCAAUUUUCUCAGGAAUGGACCCGGCCACCACCUCCAAGAGCAACCACUGCCUGGACGCGGCCAAGGCCUGCAACCUCAACGACAACUGCAAGCGCCUGCGCUCGGGCUACAUCUCCACCUGCAGCCGGGAGCUGUCGGCCACCGAGCCCUGCAGCCGCCGCAAGUGCCACAAGGCCCUGCGCCAGUUCUUCGACCGCGUGCCCAGCGAGUUCACCUUCCGCCUGCUCUUCUGCUCCUGCAAGGACCCGGCGUGCGCCGAGCGCCGCCGCCAGACCAUCGUCCCCUCCUGCUCCUACGAGGACAAGGACAAGGACAAGCCCAACUGCCUGGACCUGCGCGGCGCCUGCCGGGCGGAUCACCUGUGCAGAUCCCGUCUGGCUGAUUUCCACACCAACUGCCAGGCCACAUUCCAGUCCCUGACCAGCUGUCCUGGGGACAACUUCCAGGCGUGCCUGGGCUCCUACGCAGGGCUCAUCGGCUUUGACAUCACCCCCAACUACGUGGACGCCAGCACCACCAGCAUCACCAUCUCACCCUGGUGCUCCUGCAAAGGCAGCGGGAAUAUGGAGGAGGAGUGCGAGAAAUUCCUGCGGGAUUUCACGGAAAAUCCCUGUCUCCGAAACGCCAUCCAAGCUUUUGGGAACGGCACCGACGUGAACCUGGCUCCCAAAAAUCCCAAUCCCGCCGUGACGGUGCUGCCGAAGGUGGAGAAGAGCCCGGCGCUGCCGGACGACGUCAACGACAGCAACACCGCCUACGACACGAGCGUCAUCAGCACCUGCACCUCCCUCCAGGAACAAGGCCUGAAGCCCAACAAAUCCAAGGAGCAGAGCUUGUGCUACUCCCAGGCCCAGCUGACCACGGAUGUGAUGCCAGACCAGAAGACUUUCAUGGAUCCCAAGGCGGGAAGCAGCCGGCAGCGGGAGAGCCGGAUCCUGCUCCUCAUUCCCAUCCUGAUCCCGGUGCUGGGGCUAUAGAGGGGCGGGAAGGAGCAGCCGGUGGGACGGGGACGCUCGGACCAGUGCCACCAGUGCCACCAGUGCUCACCAGUGCCCACCGCUGCCGCGCUUGCGCCGGAGACUGGAACGCUCCCAAAUCCCAGGAAUGCCGAGCUCCGGAGAGGCAGGAGGAGCCUUCACCAAGCUGGGAAACUUUGGUGGUUUUCUUCCUACUUUUCAUUUUUCCCGUUUUUUUUGGGGUUUUUUUUUGGUCUUUUCUGGGUUGGUUUUCCAGAGCGGCUCCUGGGAAAACUCCCUGGAAUGGGCCUGGAAUGGGGUCUGGAGCUGCCAGCGGUGCCGGGGAGGGGAAAAGAGUCAGAGAAAAGCUUUGGGAAAGGUGAAUUUCAGGAUUCUUUGCACUGGGGUGGCCACAGGAACAACGAGGAUUCUGCAUGGAAACAUCCUGGAGGAUGAAGGCGCCAUCGGGAGCCACCCGGAGGGGACUCCCACAGCUCUUCCCGUUGGUUUUUGGGGGAUUUUGGUUGGGAGUUUUCCUCUGAGAGUUUCCGAAUGGAAGAGAAAAGAAACUGGUGUGAAAUGUGUGAGGUUGUGCUGAUGUUUUCAAUCAUUCCAGGGGAAGAGGUUCCAUUUUCCUUUUUUUUAAAAUUUUUUUUUUAUUUGAAAUUUGGGUUGGGAGUGGAACUUGACCCAUCCAGGGUCAGAAUUCCUUUUUUUCCCUCUCCGCUUUAUUUCCUAUAUACAUAUAACAUAUGGAUAUUCCCAUAUACAUAAUCCUACCCAUCCUGUGGCUUUUUAAUUCCCAUUUUUCCCUUUAUUUUCCCUCUUUUUAAUUUUUUUUAAUCCCUCCAAUUCCCACAACAACUUCCAAAUGUAUUCUUGGAAAAUUUAUUUUUUUUAAC